AUUGCCAAUAGGGGAAUUAAUGCUAAAGGGGGGAGUAAAGCUAUACUUAUAGGGUAUUGUCCGAGUUGCGGUCGCAAUAGACGAAUUGCGGUCUUAAUAAUAUUGAAGGUAAAAUUAACGUCUUAAUUGCGGUCAGUAUCCGGUUAUCGAUUAUCCGAUGAACUCUUAUCCAAUUUUCGAUAAUAUGGAAUGUUGCCAAAAUUUUGUAAUUUAUUAUUUUCACAUAUUAUUACACCAAUUAUUAUGAUACGAGACGCGAGCUUUAUCGACAAUGUUAUCGUACGUCAACGUAAGUCAACGUUAUAUCGUUUAGUCUAUUGCAAGACGUUUUUGUAUCAACACGUCAAAAUGUCACAACUAUCUGUAAUGUAUAGUGAAAAAGGGAAAAUUUUGCUUGUAUUAAAUAAUUUUAAAUUUAGAGAGUACCGUCUGCUUAAGACAGGAGAAAUGUCUUGGAGUUGCACUAAUAAAAAUUGCAAUGCAAAACUCUACACUAUCGGGGAAAAACACUUAUUUUCAAGAACGCAAAAUGACCAUAAAAAGACAGACAGAAGAUAAACAACUCGGUAAAAAUGAAGGCUGAUGAAUUAUCAUUUUCGGAAAGGCCAAGGAAAAUAAUUCGUCAAGAGGUGGAGAAAGAUGUCAAUAUUUUGAAUACAUUCACAGACAGAGACAUGAUUCGCAUAGGGAAAAAUAUUAAUCGUGCAAAAUUACAACGAUUACCAAAGUUACCAAAAUGUAUGGACGAUGUACAUGACUAUUUGGAUAUGGACGAAGUGAUAUGUACGAAAAGAGAAAAUUUAGUAAUAUUCAACGAUAAAUCAUGCAAUAUAAUAAUAUUUUCAUGCGAAAGUAAUUUGAAAUUCAUGUGCAGUGUUGAAACUAUUUUAGUGGAUGCCACUUUUAACUAUUGUACAAAAUUAUUUCAGCAGAUGUUUACAGUUAUUGGUUUCAAAAAUAACAAAUAUGUUCCUGUUGCACUAAGUUUAUUAAAAGAUAAAAAAGAUUUAUCGUACACAACUGUUAUGUCUACGCUGAAAAGUAAAUGUUUGGAAAUUAAUUUAAUAUUUAAACCACAACAUAUAGUUUCUGAUUUUGAAAAAGGAAUUCUUCAAGCUCCAAGAAAAGAAUUCCCGGACACCACUUUGAUUGGAUGCAGAUUUCAUCUCAGUCAAGCCUGAUGGAGAAAAAUAAUGGGAUUAGGACUGACUUUAGAGUACAAGAAUAAGAACUCGGAAAUUGGAAAAUGGUUACACUACUUUUUUGGAUUGACUUUUCUCCCUCCAGAUGAAGUGGGAAAUGUGUUUUUAGUUUUGGAAACUAAUAAAAAAAGCGAGAGCAUAAAUCAGAAAUGUAUUAAAAAUAAAAUACAACAGUAUUUGAAAAAACAAAUUGACUCGCUGACAUUUGUGAAAUGUGUAUCAUACAAAUAUGAACCGGUUUAAUAUUAUAAAUGUAUUAAUUUUAUUCGUUGAAUGUGUGUUUUGUAUUUUAA